ACCACCGACCGCCGCCGCCGCCACGCCACGACGAACGCCCGCGCUGCCGACCGGCGACGGAAAAGGAGCGCGCGCGAUAUCGCCCUUUGUUCUCCACUCCGGAGUUUUGGAGUGCGUGGCUCCGAGAGAGACGUACGUGACGCGAUAAAAUUUUCGUCUGAAGCGGUGAGUGAAACAGGACAAUAAAUAUGUCAGACGACAAUUCUCCCGUGGUGGAAGAGCAAAAAAAGAAGAGGGGCAGGCCGGCCAAGGCGGACAAGAACGCUGUUAAGGAGCCGAAAAAGAGGGGUAGGCCCGCCGCGGAAAAGAAUAACGCGGUACGCCCCGCGAAAUCUGACAACGAGGAUGACGCACCACCUGGACCUGUUAAAAAGGGAAGGGGUAGACCUAAGGGCUCCCACAAGAAGAAGCAAGGACCACCAAAAGGCACAACUACUUCGUCACGUGGUCGUGGUAGACCGAAAAAGACAGAAGAGAAACCUGAGCUCACCGGCGAGGAUGAGGACGAGCAAGAGGAGGAGGAGGAGGAGGAGGAAAAUUGAAUGCAUUGAGAUGCAAUAGAGGAGGACGAAACUAACACAGCUGACUUAUCCUUCGAAGACCUUUAAAAUAGAAAAUAUCGUAAUGAAUUCAAUCAUUUUUCCAAGCUUUACUUUUCGUUUAGUUUUAUCCGAUUUAACGAUUUCUCGAGCGAGCGUCGACGCGCGAUGGACGAUUGUCCCUUACAGAUUACUCGAGUUUCCUCGCGAACUCGAGCAAUUUCGUUGCACAUUGUCACACGCUGACAAAUUUCACAAACGAAAGACACGUUGGAUACAAAAGUUGUGUUAUAAAAAUUUAUUAAGUUCUUUAUAUUUACUUGACAUCACUACUAUUAAAUGAUAAAAAAAAAUGAAAAUACUUUUUAAGUGCUAAGAUUUACGUGUAACCUUCUUUAACAGUAAAAGACUGGACUAAGAUGCAGAUCUCGAAACACUUUUUUUAAUUUGCCCGAGAAGUGAGGUUUGAUAAACUUUUUUUUAAUUGAAGAAAACUCACGCAGUAGAGUAUUGUGUCACAUGUUUGCUACCUCCUUUUCUCCUUCAUAUACAUAUUACACGAUUCAUGAAGCCAAAAAAAAAAUGACUCCAUACCGACUCUAAUAUUGUAAGAGAUAGAGAAAGGUAAACGAAAAAAAAAACUUCUUGUAUGUAACAUAUGCAGGGAUUAUUCUUUUCUAAUUAACACUAAUAAGUACAUUUUCUUAAUGAUUGUAUAUUACUGUCGUUUUUGAGGCAAGCAUAUGUGUGAAUGUCAAAUUUGUAUUAAAGUAAAUAAAAACUCAAAGUACUCUUAUUAA